AUGUUGAAGAAUCUGAACCGUUCUGGAAAUAAUCUUUUAAACAUUAUUAUUCUGGACGCUUGUCGAUUUGAUGAAGACAAUGAUACUUGGAGAAUAAAAGCUAGCAGUACACAAGCACAUCUUAAACCAGCAUUUGGUAAAGCAUUAACGUCACAUGUUAACAUACCACAAGAAUCACAAUUUGCAUUGAUAUUUUCAUCUGAUCCUGGUACAGUAUCUUACGCUGGUGAAGAAGGUGGAAAUAGUUUCUUUACAUCGGCGCUGUUAACUCAUUUGACAACAUCACAGUUAGAGCUUGAUGGUAUGAUGAAGCAAGUUAGAAGAGAAAUGUUACAAAACUCAUUGGGUCAACAACGACCGUGGAUCCAUUCAUGUCUAACAGAAGACUUUUAUUUCAAUCAAAGUUUGUAA